ACGAGCGAAGACAGGAUCUGAACCAACCAAUCACGAGCCAGAAAGUCUUAUCACAUUUCAGACGUUUGAUUCAAACAUAAUCAUCUCAUUAUGAAAAGUUAAUCAGAUGCUAUAAAAAAGUAUGAAACAAAAAUCAAUAAUGAACAAAACUACAGCAAGUGACUGUUGUUAUUAACGUGUAUGAAGUUUAUCUCACUGUGACCUUCGUUUGUUCUACUGUCUCAUCUGGACUCAGCCAAGUGGCGACACCUGGUGGCGGAUCUGUAAGUUACAGCUGUGAACGAAUCUGCUGAUAAAAUAAACUUUUAAAGUUUGUUAACGUGAAUUCACGUUAGAUUUUACUACUUGAUAAUAUCUGGUUUUCCUUUUGGUAAAAAAAUAAUCUUUAGAGGAGCCUUUCCGGUCUUUCAGAAUAAAAGAAGGAUUUUUGUCGAAUCAGCUGAGACGAACGGAAAUCAGUUUCCUUAGGAUGCAGGUCACGUGUUAAUCACCCGGAAGUUGAUCGCUUACAUGUUGUCUGCGGAGGUUUGGACUCGAGGUGACCCGGGAACUUCUCCCGGUUCUUACGGUGCCGGAGGAUCAGCGUCACGCUAAACUACCGCGGAGUUCUUUGUGUCCCACCGGGUCCUACCGGGUCCUACCGGGUCCCACCGGGUCUCACCGGGUCCCACCGGGUCCUGCUGCCUCCACCAGAGUCUGUUCCGUGUUGUCGGUGUGAAUCCUCUGAAGAACCCGGUGAUUGACGGGAACGCAGCUGAGGACAGGAACUGGUCUUAAAGAUGUCAGUGUUGCGGUGCAUUGUGGGUGGACUGCGUCUUCCUUGGGUCCAGCAGACACUUGUGUCCUCGCCGUCUCUAACUUCAGCGAGUGUCCUCGUCAGACCGAGAGGACGUCUUCCUCAUCUUGCUCCACAGCGCCUCCUGUCUGCGGGGGGGGACUCGUCGGUUUCUGCAGCGAAGCUGAAGCUCAGGACUCGUGUGUUGGUGACUCUGCUGUGUGGCGGCGGCGUGCUGGCCGCCUGCUGCUACGUGUACGAGGAGAAGCAGCAGAGGUUCCGGCGCCAGCGCAUUGAGCAGCUUCGGCAGGUGGCUGUGGGCCAGGGGAACUUCAGUCUCCUGGACCAUAGGGGGCAGCGCAGGACCAAGCAGGACUUCCUGGGCAGCUGGGUGCUUCUGUACUUCGGCUUCACGCACUGUCCCGACAUCUGCCCCGAAGAGCUGGAGAAGAUGUGCGCGGUGGUGUCGGCUCUGGACCGGGACACCUCGCUGCCGCCCGUCCAGCCGCUCUUCAUCACCGUGGACCCGGACAGGGACGACGUGGCGGCGCUGGACCGGUACGUCAAAGACUUCCACCCCCGUCUGAUCGGACUGACCGGAACACCAGAGGAGGUGAAACACGCGGGGCAGGACUACAGAGUGUACGCCAGCCCCGGACCCAAAGACGAGGACGGAGACUACAUCGUGGAUCACACAAUCCUGAUCUACUUGAUCAGUCCUGACGGGCUCUUCCUCGAUUAUUACAACAGAACCAAGAAUGAGGAGCAGAUCGGCGAGAGCGUCAAGAACCACGUCAGGAACCAGGUCAAGCUCGGAGGAGUUCGCUGAGACACGACACUUCCUGUCCGACUCGGUUUCAUCAAAUAACAAUAAAAGAUUCUAAAUCUGAAGUUGUUCAGUUUGUUCGACCGGACGAUUCAAACUCUGAACGUCCUCAGUGAGUCUGGAGGAGUCUGGACAGGAGACGUGUUUUCAGACAUGAACUCAAGUCGUCUCAUCGAGUUGAGCUGCGACGUGAGAGAAAAGUUCUGCUGCUGAUCGAUCGGAGUUUGUGAAAAUAACCUAGAAAUGAGUUUCUGACAUUAAUGAUGAGUUAAUGAUUAAUGCAGAAAUAAUAAGAAAUACUGAGUACAGUUUUUUCAGAGAUUUAAUAAGUUUUCUGUUCUAGAAACAAAACAAAAAAAAUCCAGAUUAAUGAAUGAAUGAAAAUAAAACGUUACGUGCUUUGAUCCACUGAA